AUGCUGUGUCCCAACUGUCGAGCCAUACAUAGGAUACCAUCAUCUGGUGCAGCAGGUUUUAACACAAAUUAUGAUGUACAACGAAUAAUAAGAGCUGACACUCUUCCUGGUGUACCAUAUAUAUCGGAGACUACCAACGGUAGAACUCGAGCCCAACGACACAUUGGCCGCUAUCGUCAAGCGACUUCAAGUAACAUUAAUGCUAUCAGUCCACUUAGUAUACCAUCUGUCUCCUCUACUGUCGAUAGCCCGGACAACGUGCUUGAUAGUAUGAUACGGCAACAACUAGAAGUCGAACACCAGCUUGCCAUGCAAAUAUGGUCGAACGCUCAAAAUGUUAAUGUUAACAACAUAAGACAAGCACAAAAUAUAGACAGAAGACAACAACAAGAAAGAGAGAAUCACGUGAACCGUGGUUUAAUAAGUAGAAUUAGACGAAAGAAACAGCGUGUUGUUCAUGCUAUUUUGAAUGAUUAUGGGUCAUUGCCAAAAGUGCUAAUUGCUAUUUUCUCACUUGUUACCUUCAGCCGAUUCGUUGCAGGGGCAGUGAAGAUGUCAUCAAACUGUGAUCUUGAACGUGAAGCUGCAGUAUACUUGUUUGUUAAGGCCUGUGUUGCUGUCAUUUUCUGGGGAGCACAUACUUUAUGGAUAUGCAGAAGAAAUACUGAAGAAAUACUGAACAACCCUUGUAUAGAAGCAUACACAUUUUUAGAUUUGUUAUUUUCUUUUUGUUGGUUAUGUGUUGGAACGGCGUAUAUUUUUGGAAACUUCAGCAAUUUUAACAAUGUAUGCCACGGCUCUGUAAGGUUCUGGGAUGAACAUUUUAUCAAUUUUGCUCUGACACUCACAAUUGUGGAUUACAUUGGGCUUGUAGUGUUUAUCCUUUUCUCUGGUUACGUUCUUUGUGAGUCAAUUGACUAAAACAUUUUUUGGUUAAAGUUCGGUACCUUUUUGUGACAUUUUAUUUUCCAUGUUUUUAACUAUGUAUUUUGUAACUAUACCACCGUAUAUAUCCAGUAACGCAGGAAUGUGACAAUAAAGCAGAAAUUCAUUUAAAAGUAACGCCUCAAUCUGUGGAAAGCUAUGUCGAAACUAGUAACACGGUAAGCACACGGAGGAAAAUAAUUGAUUAAAUUUAAUUAAAAAAAAAACUAAUAAGUUCAAACAGCUGCCAUGACAUUAUACUUUAAUCAGCAUUACAAAUAUUUCAAGAAAUAUGUUAACUUUCUGAGAUCAUUCAUGAAAUGAUUACCUGCCUACCUUUGUUAAGACUUUUGUGUAUAAGUACAUAUUUGAAAGCUCAUUAUUUUGAUAUUCCUGUCAUAUAAUACAUAAAGGAAGCAGACACAGGUACUUUUAAUGAGCUAACCAGCGUAACUUCAGUGUAUUAUUGACGAAAUGGGUUUAACUCUUAAACAAUGUCUUAGUCACAAUUCAUCUGCUAAUUCACACAGGACCACAUUCAUACAGUACACCGAAAUAUGCAUCGGUUAUAAAGGUAUGUUGGUUUCCGGUAAAACAUAUGCGGACGCCAUGUCAAUAAAAUGAAAACAAGGUUUUAAAAAUUUGAAUUUUUUUUAUAAUUAUGAAGUUCAUAUGUAUGAUUGAAAAGAAAUCGAAAUGCUUUUCGACCCGUUCGUAGUUCCUCAAUAGUAACCAAGUCAUGUAUUGUCAUUUGAAGCAGUCGUUUGUGAAAUGGUUGUUGUCGUUGGUUCAGUUGUAUUUGUAUCAAACAUCUGACAUAUUGAUCAAGAACAUGAUCAAAAAGAGCCUCAAAGUGCUAUUAACAAUCUCACACUGUUGACAAGCAUUUAAAAUGGAAAGUAAAAAAAGAAAGUAACUUGGUCAAAAUUCAGAUUGUGAUCAAGUUUUGGAUAUGUGUUCUAUAAGCAAACAUAAAAUACGCUUUAAUUCUUCGCUAAAUACAAAAAAUAAAUACUUUGGUGAUUAACAAGUUUUAUAAGAAAGAACAAAUAUGUAUUCUUUACAUAUUCAA